CGGACCCAGGACCCCCCGUCACCGUGUACAUGCAGUUCCACAGUCCGGCCACGAGAUGGCGCCAUUCCCCUUUUAUAUCCGGGCCGCAGACCGCUUCGUGAGACCACGUUUGCGGCGUUUGUCCCAUGUUUUUGUCCAUGUGUGCUUCCUAUACUACCAUUACUGCUGACACUUUGUAAUGUGUAUUUAAUGCAUUAAUGCAAUGCCAGGUGGCAUCAUGAAAAAGGGAAUUAGCUAGCGUUAAACCUGGAAAGCCGGUGUGUUGAAUCAUAAUGCAUAAUUCUCCAAUUAUUUCCGUAUCUACCCCUAUCUUUACAAUCUUAAAUGUUAGUUCAGACUACCAAAUUCUUCAAAUAUUAUUUGGUCUAACUAUCAAAUGAUUUAGCUUUUAUUCUAUUUUAACUUUUUUUACUCCACCCAGAUUUAAUUAAACCACCAUAAAAUCCAGUCUGAUGUGUAGUUAACAACUUUCCUUUCUGCGCGGUGAACUCGCAGGGCACCAGAAGACGGUGGGUGGUCGGUUAAGUAGUGAACUAUGUCUUUGGUAUUAGAAAGUCUGGAUCCUCCGGAUUAAACAGCAGCCACAGGAGCUGCUCAGGGAUGUGUCCGACUUUAGAGCACCGCCCUCAAACACACAGUGGACUCAGCUGCAGAGAGGAACUCCUGCCUGUCAGGCUGACUGAAGACCGACACAAUCCACAACAGUCCAGGACCUUGCUUGACCGAAGACACUGGAAGGACGAACAUUUCGGAUUUGUUUGAGAUAUGAGACUGGGCAUGACGGUGCGGGCCACGCUGAGGGUGUAGCCACAUCUGGCAGAGAGUGCUGAAGUAAGCAGGAGCCUCAGCACACCAAACCAUCUACUGCGGUGGGGGAAGAUGGGAGAGACAGAGGAGGAGAGGGAUAAUGUGGGGAAGCUGUUUGAGAACUUUGUCCAGGCCUCCACCUGUAAGGGGACCCUUCAGGCCUUUAACCUCCUCUGCAGACAGCUUGACCUCGACCCUGCAGACAGCAGCACCUUCUACAGCAGUCUGAAAGCAAAGGUCACCACCUGGAAGGCCAAAGCUCUGUGGAGUAAGCUAGACAAGAGGAUAUCCCAUAAGGAGUACAAGAAAGGCCAAGCAUGUGUGGGCACCAAGUGCCUCAUCAUCGGAGGGGGCCCCUGCGGCCUGCGAACGGCCAUUGAGCUCGCUUUGAUGGGUGCCAAAGUGGUGGUGAUCGAGAAGAGAGACUCCUUCUCGAGGAACAAUGUGCUGCAUCUUUGGCCCUACACCAUUCAUGACCUGCGGGGCCUCGGGGCCAAAAAGUUUUAUGGCAAAUUCUGUGCCGGUGCCAUAGAUCACAUCAGCAUCCAGCAGCUGCAGUUGAUCCUACUGAAAGUCGCCCUGAUAGUAGCAGUGGAGUUUCACAUCAAUGUGGAGUUUGUCAAGCUGCUGGAACCUCCGGAGGAUCAGGAAAAUGAAGGGAUUGGGUGGAGGGCCGCAAUCCGACCUGCUGAUCACCCUGUGGCUAACUUUGAGUUUGAUGUUGUGGUGGGGGCUGAUGGACGCAGGAAUACUCUGGAAGGUUUCAAAAGGAAGGAGUUCAGGGGAAAACUGGCAAUCGCCAUCACAGCCAACUUCAUCAACAGGAACACCACUGCUGAGGCCAAAGUUGAAGAGAUCAGCGGCGUGGCCUUCAUAUUCAACCAGAAGUUCUUUCUCGAUCUCAAAGAGGAGACAGGUAUUGAUCUGGAGAACAUUGUGUACUACAGGGACAACACGCAUUACUUUGUUAUGACUGCCAAGAAACAGAGCCUGCUGGACAAGGGAGUCGUCAUUAAUGAUUACACAGAAACCCAGAUGCUGCUGAGCAGUGAAAAUGUCAACCAGGAAGCUCUUCUGUGCUACGCCCGAGAGGCUGCUGACUUUGGCACCAACUACCAACUUCCCACGUUGGACUUUGCCAUGAACCACUGCGGGCAGCCAGAUGUGGCAAUGUUUGACUUCACAAGCAUGCACGCCUCUGAGAAUGCUGCUCUGGUCAGGGAGAGAUUUGGCCACCAGCUGCUUGUGUCACUGGUUGGCGACAGUCUGCUAGAGCCUUUCUGGCCCAUGGGGACGGGUUGCGCCAGAGGCUUCCUGGCUGCCUUUGACACAGCCUGGAUGGUAAAGAGCUGGGCUCAGGGUCAGACGGUCCUGGAAGUGCUGGCAGAGAGAGAGAGUAUUUACAGGCUACUUCCACAGACAACACCUGAAAACAUUGCCAAAAACUUUGAACAGUACACCAUAGACCCUGGCACUCGAUACCCCAACCUCAACUCCUCCUGUGUCCGGCCACACCAGGUGCGUCACUUGUACAUCAGUGGAGAGCUGAAUUCCUGCUCUCUGGAGCGUGCUGCUACCAUACGUCGGCCUGUCAAUCUCAGCAGACGAGAGUCAGAGAUCAGACCCACGAGGCUUCUCACCUGGUGCCAGAAACAGACAGAGGGCUACAGGAAUGUGAUGAUCACAGACUUGACAUCUUCUUGGAAGAGUGGCAUCGCCCUCUGUGCCCUCAUCCACAGGUUCAAACCUCAGCUGAUAGAUUUUGACUCGUUAAAUGAAGAAGACCAUGCUGCAAACCUCCAGCUAGCUUUUGACAUCAGCGAGCGUGAAUUUGGGAUCCGGCCGUUCGCGUCUGUGAAGGAGCUGAGUGACGAUCAGGAGCUGGAUAAGACCAGGAUGAUCACCUUCCUGUCCAAGUUCUAUGAGCUCUUCCGUGGCACACCGCUACCUGCUUCAGGUUCCAGAGGAGUGGAUGAAAACAAUGAAGAUUAUCCAUCUAAAGAAGUCAGAAGUAAUAAUAAUGUGCUCAAUCUUGCACUGCCGAGGAAACGGGUACCAAAGGAUGAAAAGAAGUCAGACGGUACAGAUCCCAUUUACAAACGGAGGCGGAAAUUCUGUUAUUUGGAGGAGGCCACCAAUCUGUCGAGCAAUGGCUCCUCAGUGCGAGAAAGUCAGGAGCCCAAGGAAAACAAAGUGCGCUCAAUGGCUACUCAGUUGCUGGCCAAAUUUGAAAGCAAACCCAGCCACCCAGUCCGGAGAACACAGUCAGACUGUGAGAGGUCCUCCCUGCUGCAAACUUUUGACCUGACUGAGAGUCUGCAUCUUAAACGCAGGCCCCCGGUCCCACCUAAACCUCCUCCUGAGAUUCAGUUUGAAGUCAGUAUCAGAAAAGCAGCAAAACACUUAGUGCCUCCAAAAACUCUGCCCAAACCCCGACUCCAGUCUGAGUCCCAGCAUCCAUUUUCAGUAGUGAAGCUCAGACAUGUUGAUCAAACACAAGAUGAGGAGACGAAGUCCGAGCCUCAGCCUGAGAGUGCAGACCCCCCUGCUCCUUCUUCGUCCUGCCACUCAGCAAUCCAGUUCAUGUCAAGAGUUCUCCAGCGCCUCAGGGAGGUGGAUGAACACAUCUCUGAGAAAAAAGCUCAGACACAACAGACUAGAGAGUUUCAUACAAAAAGUAUAAAGGAAAAAGCUGUUCACCUUACUGGGUUGUUCUCAGGAGACAGCACAGCUGUACUCAAGGGUGGCUCAUUUCGCAGGGCGUUCCCCCCGUCGGGUGACAAGUGUCACUCAUGCGACAAGCGUGUUUAUAUGGUGGAGAGGGUCUGCACCGAGGGGCUCUACUUCCACAGGGAGUGUUUUCGCUGUUCUACCUGCAGCUCUGCCUUACGUCAGGGAGCGCACGCCUUCGACUCUGAACAGGGGAAGUUGUACUGCAAGCUUCAUUUUGAUCAACGCAAUAAUGGGACAAACCUACGGAGGAAUUUGUCUCUACGUUCAAAUCGUUAUGGAGCUGGCGUUCAGGAGCGAGGUGUUAUUGAUGGGCCGAAUUCUGAGUCCAGCAGCACAGCAGACCUGCAGAGUCAAUCCUCAGCAGGUACCUUCAGCUCGUUCAUAAGGAAACGGCUGAGCUGGCCCCUGAGUGUGACUCGUGCUGUGUGUAACGCCCCCUGGUAUCUGUCCCACCGUGUGCGUAGUACAGCACAGGCACUCGCCGGCCACCUGAGGGACAAUGCCCAGGACUAUGCAACCCUGUAUGAGCUACUGAGCAUGAGCUUGCCCCUGCUGUUCGUUUUACAAGAGGUACUGCUGCAGAUGUACACAGAGGCCGUGCCUGAUGGGCCCAGCUCUAUACAACCUCUACUGCUGUGGCUGCAGGAGCAUAUAGGCCACAGGCUCGUGUAGACACUCAGCAGACCCUAGCUGUUAAUAUUUGACUUCAAAUGUCAUUAAAUCUGUGGCUGAGUGGCGCAUUAGCUGGAGUGUUCUCAUCUUGUUAUCAUUUGUAGCUGUGCACAAGCACCUUUUAUUAAUGUUUACUUGCCUUUUAUAAUGAUAAUGUAGGUAGAUUUGCUCUCAGUGUGUUGGAUGUACUUGUACAUCAUUAAAGAAGAGACACUGUAGGUUGCUCAUGCAGCUUUUUUUUGCAAUUUACUACAGGCAGUUGAGAAUAAUAAUGAAAAGCUGCACCAAAUAACUUGUACUUAAACUGUACAGUACUCGUAGGGUUAAAAUAAGUUAAACAGACGAGGCCACAGCCAGUGCAUUAAAGACUUGAGACUGCUGAAAUGUCCAAUCACCGUUGCUGUACAAUCCAAUCUUUUACAAACUGCCUUGGAAAAUGGAUCCUGCAGUUAAAAUAUCUUAACUCAGGUUAUGACUGACUAACUUGAUGCACUUUAUGUUUGAGAACUGCCUUGUGGACGUCGCAGUAAACUGUCACAUUAGAUAACAGCCUGGUCUCAUGUUAACACUGAAACAUCUGGCGGGUUUUCUCUUGACUAUACUGUACAUAUGUGCUCCUGCCAUAUGUUUUUUUUUAAAAUAUAUAUAUACGCAGGUAUGUGUAUUUUUACACACAUCCCACCAAUUUACUCAUAAUCUUUAUUUACUCUGACCACUAAGUUUACGUUUAUGAACUGUUUUUUAUUGAUUUGAACACCAAAGAAUCUUUUUUGAUGCUGUGGUCUGGUGAGUUUCCUUCUCAGUAUUUACUUUUACUUUGCUGCCAUCUACUGUUCACUCUCUGAAUAACCAUGAAGGCAAAAAGAGAUACCCGACCCAGUAUAACAUUAUCACAACAUGUUUUAAAUAAUUGAUUUAGAUUUACUGUAGACAAUAGACGCUGGUGAGCAUGCUGUGAUGUGUUUGAAUGUGCUUGCCACUCUUGCCAUAAUUUUAAAGCAUGUUGUCGGACGAUCAACUGCAAACCUCUUUGACUGGGAGCCACACAGUCGCUUCCUAUUCAGAUACACUAUCUAACGAUACUUAUGAAGCACUUUAGAGUUUCAGAGUAUUUUGUUUUUCUUUAUGAAAUAUUUGAAAAUGAUAUUUGCAAAAACGCCAGCUAUUAUUUUUAAGUGUUUACGGCAUAACAUGCUGGAUAUGCAACAUGAUGUUUGUGUUUUCUUAUCAGCUACCUAAUAUUUUUUGUUGAAUUACUGAAUCUGGCGCAUGUAAUAUGAGAGGGAAGAGUUCUCAUUCACCCUGACUGGACUGGGAAAUCAUUUAUUUUUAAGUCUGUAUAACAGGAGGGAAAUCAUGUAAAAUGUACAAUGCUGCCAACAUACAAAUAUCAUCUUCAUUAUGAAUGUCAGUAUUUUGUUUUGUUUUCAUAAACAUUUUCUACUUU